AUGCAGCCGCGCAGCUUCCGCGAGCAGACCAUGUCGAUGAUUGUGCUGGCCGAGAAGGUGUUCCCGAGCACGGUCAACUCCGUGAUGAAGCUGCGGCACCUGCGACUGUGGACGGUGUACAGCUUGACACUAUUUGGUUGGUUGGAGAAAUGGGGUGAUAAGGCAGCACUGCAGCCCGGCUCCAGUGGCCUGGUAGGCGCAGCCGUCAGCGUGGUGGGUGAGACAGCCGGAUGCAGACCUUCAGGGGAUGGGACAGGACCCUAUCGACCUUCCAGGCAUCGACUGAGAUUAUCGGAUGAAGACAAGGGCAAACUGAUAAAUACUAAUAGUAGAGUAUUUGCUGCAUUGCAAGGUUUGGUAACAAGCUUCUCAAUUCCUGAGAAAAUAUGGUAUGGAGAUGCACAUAAAGCUAUAAGCACCAUCUAUACCCUACACCCUGCACCUGAAUUUUUUGCUGCCGAGACUGCAAAGAAGUCCCUCAGUUCUGUAUUCAGUGUUUUAGGAACCGAGGAUGUGUCAAAUGGAGAUGAAACUGAGAAUGAUGCCUCUCUGUCAUCAGUAUCACCUUCAAAGCUGGGUAGAUUUCUUUUUGUUAUUAGCCAUAUAGCACUAAAUCAUUUGGUGUACAUUGAGAAUUCCGUUAGGAAAAUUCAGAAACAGAUACGGAAGAAUGAAAAAUCUCAGUCCACCACUGAGGAUCUCUUGUUUCAAAAAAAAAGUUCAGAGUUACUAAUUUCUUCUCUUUUGAAUCUAGUUCCCAGACCUACAAGCUUCUGCAAUGCUUGCUCUUUGCAGGCUAAUGAUCAUCAAUGCAGAGUUCUGAGAUUAUCAGAUGAAGACAAGGGCAAACUGAUAAAUACUAAUAGUAGAGUAUUUGCUGCAUUGCAAGGUUUGGUAACAAGCUUCUCAAUUCCUGAGAAAAUAUGGUAUGGAGCUGCAGAUAAAGCUAUAAGCACCAUCUAUACCCUACACCCUGCACCUGAUUUUUUUGCUACCGAGACUGCAAAGAAGUCCCUCAGUUCUGUAUUCAGUGUUUUAGGAACCGAGGAUGUGUCAAAUGGAGAUGAAACUGAGAAUGAUGCCUCUCUGUCAUCAGUAUCACCUUCAAAGCUGGGUAGAUUUCUUUUUGUUAUUAGCCAUAUAGCACUAAAUCAUUUGGUGUACAUUGAGAAUUCCGUUAGGAAAAUUCAGAAACAGAUACGGAAGAAUGAAAAAUCUCAGUCCACCACUGAGGAUCUCCAGUCUGACGUGUCUAAAAGUUCAGAGGCACAAGGCAUAAAUGCCGAACUGGGACUUGGUGCAACCAUAGAUAUUGCAAUCGAGUCCCUUGCUGAAAGAGCAGAAAAGGAAAUUGUUUGCUGUUCUUCUGAAAAGAAUCUCAUAGGACUUUGUGGGCCAUUUCUCUCAAAACUCUGCCGGAAUCUUACAUUGCUGCAAAAAGUUCCCAGACCUACAAGCUUCUGCAAUGCUUGCUCUUUGCAGGCUAAUGAUCAUCGAUGCAGAGUCCUGGUUAAAGGGUAUAUAAAUGAAAUGACUGUAAGAAUAGAAGAUGAAGAUGAGAGGAUAUCAAGCCUGGCAAAACUCUUCUUUCAUGAGUUGUCAAAAACAGGAAGCAACCCAAUUUAUAAUCUUCUUCCGGAUAUCUUGGGUAGACUGCAAUCAACACCUCAAAGAAGAAACCUUUUGCAAUAUUAUGCAGUUCUUAAUUAA